AUGAGCCGUCAGCUCUCGGGCAGCUUCACCGCGGGCUUCGGCACCACCGCAGAAGCCGCGGCCGCGGAGAGUGGCAAGUUGCCUCUCACACUUUGCGCGGCUCCUGUGCUGAGCCGGGCGCAAGCGGAUCUGUUGUACAUCCAAGCCAUGAAACAGCAGGAGGUCCACAUGACGCAGGAGAGUUUCGUCAGGGCUCUAGCCAUCGUGGGGCUGCAGUGUCUCUCAGGUGUCCACGAUGUCUAUGUGCCACGAGAUGAUGCCAGCGUCUUGAAUUGGUUUUGUCAGUGGGCCUUAGUUCCCUUGGCAGAAGCCCUCGGAAUCAGCCAGCACGAUGUCUUGUGUGCUGCAGAAAUCUUGCGAGAUCCAGAAGUCUCUGCACUCCUGCGGAGUUGUCAGAGAGGUUUGCACAUUGUUUUUGCACGCUAUGCCAUGGCCAGUCCGGCACCACGCGAGCCGUACCGGCUGGAUGACCCAGCAUCAUUCUGCAACAGACGACUGUUCCCUGAGUUUUCACGGAUCGAUCACAGCUCCAGCAGACCAGCGAUGUCGACUUCUGCCAUCCUGAUCCUCACCACAUUCUGUUUGGCAGAAGGUAGCAAGCGCGGCUUCGCCCGCACCGGGACGGGUAUCCAGGAGCUUCAGGCGUUGUCGCCCUCGGUCAGCUGGACCUACAACUGGGGUUUGUCCCCGGGUCCUUCAUACAGAUCUUCUGCUAUGGAUUUUAUGCCAAUGGUACACGAUGGGCAGAUCAACAACAGUCCAAACUCGGGACCGUACAACGCCUUGUUGGGCUUCAACGAGCCAGAUAUCAACUCCCAAGCCCACCUCAAUCCCUGGGAGGCGGCAAACAUGUGGCCGCUGGUGGAGCAAGUAGCCCAAAAUAUGGGCGUUCAAACCUUGGUGAGCCCUGCAAUGUGUGGAGACAUCGGCAAGGGAACAUCCUGGAUGGGCAGCUUCCUGAACGCUUGCCAGAACUGUCGCAUCGAUGCCAUUGCCAUCCACAGCUACUGGUGCACGCUGGAUGGGCUUCGAAGUUUGGUGGACAGCUACCGCCACUUCGGCAAGAAGAUUUGGCUCACCGAGUUUGCCUGUGCAGAUCAGAAUUUUGACGUGUCGAUGAAUGGCCAAAUUCGCUUCAUGAAAGAAGUGGUGCCGUGGUUGGAGCAGGAAGACAUCAUCGAGAAAUAUGCCUGGUUUAGCUACUUCACCAACGAGUGGCGGUAUGGCAUUACCAAUCCCAAUCCAGAUGCAGGGCUGGUCCAUCAAAAUGGUGACCUUUCGGCGCUGGGCCGAGUUUAUGUGAACCUGGGCACUGCCAGGCGUCUUGCGGACGACGUGAACGCCAGCGUGCUGAGUCUGGGCUACGUGCAAACCAAUUCGGAACUGCUGGUUCAAAAGCUCAUGGGAAUCGCGGUUCAACCACAGGUCCCAACCGUUUCCUUGCUUUUCGGGAGCUUGGUGCUUCUGAGUUGGUCUGAGUUGGUCGUCGCUUCCAAGCACUUGGGUAUGGGUCAAACUCUUCCAACACGUAGCUUAGGAAUCCCGCCCUUUGCACCACCAAUUACCAUCUACUGGGCGUAUCCAAAGCAGUUUGCGCUCCCAGAGCUGUGUCAUUUGUGGAAAGGUUUUUGGGCGGUGCAGUCCAUGCAACGCUUCGCUGCGGAGGCCGAGAUCUCUGCGGAAUUGAGCCAUCAGUGCCUGCAGCGGAUAUUCACGGGCUGCGUUCAACAUGAAUGCUCCCUAGAGCGGAAAACCCUUCCCGGAAAGAUGUCCUCUUCCUGUUUUCUCCUGGCCUUGAUUGUCAUUGCCCAACGCGUUCACAGCACUCCCGGCUGCACACCUUUGAUGAGAGUGGCCAUGUUCAUGCUGCGAUUGAGCAUUUGUCGUGGCGCCUCUGAUUUGGGGGUGGCAGCCCGAAGGGUCCUAGGCAAGGCCAAACAAACGAUAGGCAAAUUGGGUUUGUUGGACGCCUGUGGACACCCGUUGGAUCUCGGACGGAGCUGCCAGGCCUCCGGCUCGGGGACGAGGAAAGUGACUAGCAGUGCGACACAGAUCGCAGAUGACUUAGAUCCCUGGCCCUGGAAAAAGAACCUCUGCCAGCCGCUGGUGGCAGCGGUGGGGAAUCGGGAAUCCGAAAAAAAAUCAUCGCUCAGGCAGAUGGAGAUGUCAGCAGGGAAGGAAAAAAUCAACCCCAAAAAGGACAUCCUGACAUCCGAGAAUUGCCAUAAGACCAAAGGGACAGUUCCCAUUCUUGGAGGUUCCACACCAAAACCGAUGGCGGGGCGUAGUCGGAGCCCGGUGGGGCGAGGAGCUGGAGUAGCCAAUGUGAAGAAGAAACGAAAAGACCUCUUCUCGAAGGAGUUGGGAUACAAAGAUGAAAGCAAUCCGUUCGGCGACAACACCUUGACACAAAAAUUUGUUUGGAAGAAGAAGAAUGAGUACCUCCAAGCCGCAGGCCUCUACCGGCCCUCGUCCAAAGAGCAAGAAGUGACGAAGAUGGAGAGCAAGAUCCGCGAAAUUCAGCAGGUGAAGAAGCGCCGUGAUGAGCGAGAGGUGGAGAGGCAGCUGCUCGAACAGCAACGACUGGAGCAUGACAAGGAGUUGCACGAUGAAGAGUAUGGCGAAUGGCUGACCAAAGAGGAGAAAUUCCACUUGGACAAUGCCAAGGCCAGAACCAUGCUCCGAAUUGAGCAGGGCCGAGAGAGGCCUCUGGACCUGGUUGCCAAGGCCCUGAUGAUCGCUGAAGGGGAGCACUUCGAGGAGAUGACCAUUUUGGACAAGCCACCGCACCAGCUCUUCGUGAACAUGAACAUCGACGAGGUGGAAGACAUCAUGGAUGAGGUGAAUACCUUCGUCCGCAUCGAUGCCCAACACCGCGACUUCUGGCAGGCCAUGCGCUACAUUGCCAACGACUCCUAUGAAGGCAAGCGACGAGAAAAGGCCGGGAGGUCAAAGGCGGGUGCUGCCAUCAGUGGACUUGGACCUGGAGUUGCUGAAGGUGUCGUGGAUGAGAUCCACCAACUUCUUUGCGCCAAGAGCAAGAGGGAACUGGGCGACAUGUUGGUUGAAAUCAACGAUAGCUUGAAGGCUUCGCCUGCCGGCAUGGACACCCAAUUCUUCGAAGCGGUGGCCGCAAAGAUCCCGCUCUACGUUGCACGUGCUGAAGUCGACCACUGGCAUGAGAGGAACAUCCAGGCUGAUGGGCCGAUCUCCAAGACACGGCCAUCUGCAAGCGCCACCGUCGGGGAUCGACUGGGAGGCGAUGAGCGACCAAUGGAUGUUCAUCGCCACAGAGCCGGUGCCAAUGUGGCCUGCUUUUCCUCCAGCAACCGUGCCAUGGACGGCCGAAGGCAAAAGGACAAAAGUUCAUGGGACAGCAUGAUCCGAGCUGGCAUCAAUGGCUGGCUCCGUUGGACAAUGCAUCCCGCAGAUACCAGAUGGGACCAGGGACGAGAAAACCAGGUAGAACACGGGCUGGCAGACUCGGGGAAUGCCUACGAUAAGCACCACUCCUUUGAAAUUUCAAUUAGCGUGAUAUUGUUGAAAGUUCAUGAGCAUGUGGUAUGGAUUCCCUCCUACAUUGCUUAUGGCUUAGUCGAUACCAUGGCCCCUUUGUAUGGAGUGAUGGCUCCUAAGGGGAAAGGUUCCAGCUUCGAGCCUGCGCAGAAGGGAGCCCAAAAAGGUGGCAAGGCGCUUGCGCCGGACGAGCAAGAAUUUCACCAGGAGAUGCUUCGAAAACUGGCCUUGCACCUCGCUGCGCAACCGGAUGGUCCCGCAGUUCCCGGUCCCGCACCAGCGGUGGAAGCGCAACAGGAUGAGUCGCCCGAACGGGUGAACCAUUUUUGCGAAUGCGCCAACUUCUUCCUCCCCGUGGAGCGUCCGGAUGCCACUCCCCGGGACUCGCCACGGAGUUUCUGCGCCACACCGGAGGAGCAUGGCAUGCCCGUGUGGACGGACCGUUCCGGUGGACCUACUGGACCUGCUGGACCUGGCGAUGAUGAGAGCCAGGCUUCCCACUGUGUUUGCGUGCCCAGCUACAUCGUGCAUGGCCUCUUGGAGGCCUGGGAAGGCAAGGCGCGACGCUCCAAAGCGGCUCCGGAGCAGAAUUUUCACCACGAGAUGUUGAAGAAACUGGCCUUGCACCUGGCAGCGCAACCAGGCGAGCCUACGGCAGCCCAGAUGCCGAUGCCACAGGUACAGCAGGUCUACAUGCCCGUGGCCCCACAACCGGGGCCGGUGCAACCAGUGCCUGUCUUCGCGCCGCACGCGCCUCCUCAGCGCUCUCCUGCGGCGCCGCGCAUGGGGCUGUUCCAGGAUCAUCGGCCCCAGGAGGAGUUCCACCGCCAGAUGCUUCAGAAGCUGGCGCUCCAUUUGGCAGCGCAGCCGGAUGAGACAUCGCAGGAGGCCAAAAGUAGCGCCAGCCACCAGGACCAGGCCCCAACGGCGGAUUUGGCAGCCCCCGUGCAGCUGCAAAUUGAGCCCCGCAUCAACGAGGCAGCUCGGGCAGCUGAGCAGGUUGGGGAAGAUAAGGCUCAGUGCGACCGCUUAAUGGAAGACUUAGACGUGGCCGAACGCAGGUCUGAGGUGGUCAGCUGGGUCUUGUCCUCCAAUGUGCUGUCGCUCUCCCUGACGCAGUUCGGAUCUCGCGUGGUGCAGAAAGCCAUCGCAAGCGCCUCGGAGGUGCGAGACCGGGAAAAGUUUGCCGAAGAGUUGCUGCAACACGCAAUGGAUCUCUACGUGUCCCCCCAUGGGAACCACGUCUUGGCCAAGCUGAUCGAAGUUCUGCCCUCCACACGCCUCGUGUGCAUCGUGGAAAAGAUGCGUGGCCAAGCGACAAUGGUUGCCAGACAUCAAUUCGGAAGCCGUAUUCUCGAGCGCCUCAUGGAACACUGCAGUGAGGAGCAGAUUGGCUUUCUCUUAGAUGAACUUUUUGAUGGCGCAGCAAACCUUGAAGCCCUGGCGCGGCACCCUUUCGCCAAUUUUGUGGUGCAGCACAUUUUCGAGCAUGGCAUGCCAGAACGGAAAACCAGAUGCUUUCAAAUGCUCCUGCCCUAUGUCUUACAGCAUGCUACCCACAAGACAGCCAGCAACGUUGUGCAGCGGAUGCUGGAACAUGCCGACGUGAGUAGCCAGGCGCUGAUUGCAGACGCCUUCUUAGCUGGGGAGGGUGAAGAGUCACUCGAAACGAUUGCGGCCACACGCUAUGGCAGCUUCGUGAUCCACUCUCUGGUGGACAAGUUGCAUCCGCGCAUCGACGCCGUGAAGGCGCGCGUGAAGGCGGCACAGCCGCAGCUCUCGGAGUCCAAGUUUAGCGCCCCGUUGCGCGGUGGGGGGAAGGGGGGC